AUGCAAAGUGAAUUUUUCAUUUGUGUUACCUUUUUUUUUGUACUUUUACAUUAUAUUUCUUGUAAUAAACCAACACGUAAUAUAUCUGUGAAAUCUAAUAAAGAUAAAGAUGAAUUGAACAAUAUAAAAGAAAAGUUAGAUUUGAUAAAUAAUUCUAUAAAAGAUAAAGUUAUUGAAAAUUUUAAAGAAGAUAUUGAAUUAUUAAAAAAAAAGGUAGACGAUUUGGAUAAAAGGAAAAGUGAUAACACACUCGGGAAAAGGCAAAAAAAAGAAGAUGAUGAUGAUGAAGAAGAGACAGAUGAAGAUGAUGACGAAGAUUCAGAUGAAGAUGACGAAGAACAAGAAGAAUUAAAUGUGGAACCAAAAGAAAGAGAAGAUGAACAAGAAGAAACAGAAGAUGAACAAAAAGAAACAGACGAUGAACAAAAAGAAAGAGAAGAUGAACAAGAAGAAACAGACGAUGAACAAAAAGAAACCGACGAUGAACAAAAAGAAACCGACGACAAUCAAAAAGAAACCGACGACGAACAAAAAGAAACAGAUGAUGAACAAAAAGACGUCGAAGAAGAAGCGUCUGAAGAAUAUUCUGAUAAUGAAGAAGAAGAUGAAGAAGAAUCAGAAGAAAACGAAGAAAAUAACGAUAAUGAAACAAAUGAAGAAAAUGAAGAUAAUGAUGAAAAUGAAGAAGAAAUAGAGGUUACUGAUGUUGAAUUUGUAGGACAAAGUAUAAAUAAAAAUGUAAGAAAUAAUAUGAUCAGAAAUUCUAAUAAGGAUAUAAAAUCUUCUUCUCAAAAUUCAUCAAUCAAAGCUCAAAACAGUUCAACCAAAAUUGGAAAUACACCAACUAAAUUAUCUACACAAAAUACAAAAUCAAAUUCAACAUCUAACCAAUUAAUAACUCAAUUACAAAGCGAAAAAUCAGCUUCAAAAGUAGAUAACAAUAAAAAUAAUACAAAUGAAGUAAAAUAUAUGGAUAAACUUUGUGAUGACCUUCUUACUGAAUUAAAGGAAAAGGAUAAUGUAGAUAAUAAUAUGAAUCAUAGUAAAUAUAAUAAUCUCAAAAAGGAAUUUUCUACUUUUACUAUGAACCAAAAUGAAUAUGACUUAAUAAAAAAGUUGAUUAUUACCUUUUCUCAAGAAAAUGUAGAAAUGAAAAGAGAUUCCAUAAAAGAAAUUUUCUUAAGAGCUUUGGAUGAUAAAAAAUACCGUGAAGUAUUUAAAAACUUUAUGUAUGGUGUAUAUAGUUAUGCAAAACGUCAUAAUCAUUUGGAUAUUGAAAAAAUGGAAAAAAAUGAAAGGGCCUAUAAAAAAUUAUUCGAAAACACACUUAACUUAUUAGAUACCAUAUGA